AUGGCUGUCCAUUCUAGGAACGAGGCGCUGAUGUGCAAGGUUUUCCCACCCAGCUUGGGACUAGUGGCAAUGAGGUGGUUUAAUGGUCUAAAGACAAACUCCAUAGAUUCGUUUAGGCAGCUAACCCAAGCUUUUGGCUCCCGUUUCAUUACGAACCGCAGAACCCCUCGGCCUUUAAGCGCUUUGUUGUCAUUAUCCAUGCAUGACGGAGAAACCUUAAAGGCCUACUCGGACAAAUAUUGGGAGACGUACAAUGAAAUGGAAGACAACUUUGACGACGUCACCAUUAUCACUUUCAAAAAUAGUCUCCCAGUCGAUCACGGCCUGCGGAAGUCUUUGACUGGCAAACCCACCACCAGCAUGUGCCAACUGAUGGAUCGGAUUGACAAGUACAAGCGAGUGGAGGAGGACCAGUUGCAGGGAAGAGGAAAAGAGAAGGUUAUCCCUCAGGAAAGAAGGGAUUUUAGGUCGGACCGGUAUAGCAGCAACCGCCCGAGGAGGGACUUUGUAGGGCAACCCGGAACAACCAAUGCACAGACUGUCAACGCCGUAUUCCGAGAACCAGUACAUCGGGUUUUGGAGAAAAUAAAAAACAAACCAUACUUUAGGUAG